AUGGCGACUCCAGGAGGUGCAGACCACUUUGCUGCCGGGGCAAGAGCUGUAAUGAUGGCAAACACAGGCAUCAGGAAAAAGACGGCCAAGAAGGGCAAGAGUUUCACCACUAUGCUUGUUGGUUCAUCUGGGCUGGGAAAAUCUACCUUUGUCAAUACAUUAUGUGAAUCGGCAGUCUUUCCAAAGUCAGACCAUGGAAGCCCAGAGAAGGCAGCACUUGAAAAGACUGUUGCCAUUACUCCAGUCACUAUCGAAAUGGAAGAAGAUGGUGUCAAGUUGUCUCUGACUAUUGUUGAUACUCCUGGAUUUGGCGACAACAUCAACAACGAAAACAGUUUCAUCGACAUUCUCACAUACAUUGAGAAGCAAUACGACAAUAUUCUCGCUGAAGAAUCGCGAAUUAAGAGAAAUCCCAAAUUCCAAGACAACCGUGUCCAUGCUCUAUUGUACUUUAUUGCUCCUACUGGUCAUGCUCUACGAGAAAUUGAUAUCGAGUUUAUGCGCCGAUUGGGACCACGUGUCAACAUCAUUCCAGUGAUUGCCAAGUCAGACUCCUUGUUACGUCCUGAGUUGGAAGGAUUCAAGAAGCGUAUCAUGGAAGAUAUUGCAGUUCAUCGGAUCCCCAUCUACAACUUUCCGUACGAUGAAAAUGAAGACGAUGAUGAGACUGUCGAAGAAAAUACUGAACUGAGGUCAUUACUUCCCUUUGCUGUUGUUGGAUCUGAAGAUGAAGUGGUUGUGAAUUCACGUCGUGUACGAUGCCGUCAAUACCCAUGGGGCGUCGUUGAAGUUGACAACUCUCGUCAUUGUGACUUUUCCAAACUCAGAUACAUGCUGUUAUCUUCUCAUCUGGAAGAUUUGAAGGAAAUCACACAUGAUGUCCUUUAUGAACAGUACAGAACUGAAAAACUGAGCAGAGAUGGUGGUGCCGAGCCUGACGAAUAG